AUUCACACACAGAUUAUGGCGGCAGAAGAAUCCAGCCCUCUGACCACUCAUGUGCUAAACACUGGCGAUGGCGUUCCAGGCACCAGGAUGGCCCUCAGUCUGCACCGCCUGGACUCCAAUCUGAUGAUCUGGACCAUGCUGAGUGUUGGGACAACAAAUGAGGAUGGCCGCUGCUCAGCACUCAUCAGCCGGGAAGCGUUUACUCCCGGCAUGUACAAGCUGCGCUUUGAGACAGGUGCAUACUGGGAGAGCCUAGGCCAGACGUGCUUCUACCCCUAUGUAGAGGUUGUGUUCACCAUCAGUGACCCAGACCAGAGGUUUCACCUCCCUCUCCUGAUGAGUCGCUUCUCAUACAGCACCUACAGAGGAAGCUGAGAUCUCUGAACCUGACCAGUUGCUACUACAGAUCGAGGGUGAAACCCCGCUGUCUUAUUUAGAGGUUUAUACUUGGACUUGUAUAAAGAGGUUUUCCUCUUUGUCUUUGACUCAGUUGUUGUUUUGUGUUAUUGUUGCUGACUGUUGAGUUUUGAAUACGUGACUAAAGUACACACUGUGUUUUUAUAUUUAGAAAUAUACAACGCAUCAGAGUUAUCUUUAUGGAUCA